AACGUGCAUGCGUGUGAGUGUGUUUGUAUGUGAGUGAGUUUGUGUGCGUGUAUAUGUGUGGGUGUGUGUGCAUGCGUGCGGGUGUGUGUGCGUGUUCCCCCCCAACCGCCAUUUGACCCUGAGCCACUCCUCCCUGGAGGAUGACAAUGGAGGAGAUGAAGAAUGAAGCGGAGACAAACUCCAUGGUAUCCAUGACGCUCUACACCGUGAUGUACCCAGUCUUUAAUGAGCUGGAGAGGAUCAACCUAUCGGCAGCUCAGACGCUCAGAGCAGCCUUCAUCAAGGCAGAGAGGGAGAACCCCGGCCUGACUCAGGACAUCAUCAUGAAGAUCUUGGAGAAGAAGAACGUCCAAAUCAACUUCACCGAAUCGCUACUGCGCAUGGCCGCCGACGAUGUGGAGGAGUUCAUGAUCGAGCGGCCCGAACAGGAGUUCCAGGACCUGAAUGACAAGGCCCGAGCGCUGAAACACAUCCUCAGCAAAAUCCCAGAUGAGAUCAAUGACAGAGUACGCUUCCUACAGACUAUCAAAGACAUAGCCAGCGCCAUUAAAGAACUCCUGGACACAGUCAACAACGUCAUUAAGAAAUACCAGUACCAGAAUCGCAGAGCCCUGGAGCAUCAGAAAAAGGAGUUUGUGAAGUACUCGAAAAGCUUCAGCGACACCCUCAAAACGUACUUCAAAGAUGGAAAGGCGAUAAACGUCUUCAACAGCGCAAAUCGGCUCAUCCACCAAACCAACCUCAUACUGCAGACCUUCAAGAUCGGGGCCUAGCACAGCGAGGACCAUGCAGUCUACGGAAACCCGCCACCCAACCCUGCGACGGUGGUAAUGGGGGAAUUUGGAGCGGGCGGGCGGCUGGGUCGGCAUGUGGUUGGAGCGCCCGACCCAUAUUUGUAAAUUAGGAAGAGUUGAUUUUAGGGUUUGGGGUCAACAGUGGGAGAGACUGAAAAGUGCCAUUUUGUGUAGUCAAUGAGGAUUUUCCAGUCUCCAGCUGAAAGAAGCCCAAAAGUUUGCUUGUUUGAUUUUAUUUGGACACUUUUAAUUUAUAACCCUGAUUUUUUUUUUCUUUUUUUUUUUCGGGGAGGUGUUUAUUAAAGACUAAUUGCCAUUUUUCUAAUAUAUUCAUGUUGAUCAUUUUACGUAUGUAAAAAAAAAAAAAAACAGCAAAACUGCAACAGUCAUAGCUACGGCAUCCAUGUUGUUUCCCCGUCGCUCGGGACGUUUGACAGGCCUGCGAGGUGGCCAUUUUAAGGCCCUGAUUUUCAUUCCUCUUCGCUUAUCGUGACGACCACAACGCCAAAUGACUUCCAAGCACCGUGUUGUGCACCUUACGACUACUUAUAAGUCAUACAACAUUCCCUCCUCCUCAACAGAGUGUUAGCACGCCAAGACGCUCCUCGCUGUCGGGGGUUGUAAAGACAAGAAAGAAAUUCUGUAUUUAAUUGAUCCUGGUUGCAAAUGUUCAAUAAAUAGUUUGGAAAUGA